AUGCAAACAUAUUACUAUCCCAGGCCUACUCCUCAAGAUGUUUUAAUAGAGGAAAGAGAUUGGAAUCCAACUAACACUUCUUAUAGUGAAAGUGAGAUUUAUGAAUGGAAUCUUGAUGGGUUAACUGAUAGGCAGUUGACGAUUAUGGUUCAUAGGAUGCUUAUGUAUGAUACUAUCUGCAAAAGUAUUAGUAACACUGACAAGACCAUUUACAAGAUGAUUAUUGCAAGAUUUACCGAUCAACUAAGAGGAUGGUGGGAUAAUUAUAUGCCCUCUGAUGCGAGAGCAGCGGUAAUUAAUGCUAAGGCAGUAAAUGAAGGAGUUGAUAAUUUAGGCUUUGCCCUUGUUCAAAAUAGAGAAGACGUUGUAUGUAUCGAAGAAGUAGCUUCUUUUGAAAAGCUUGUUAGUUUUACCAAGCUCAUUCCUCCCCUUUGUAUAAUUGGAGAGCUGGAUGAGGAUCCAUAUGACGAUCCUGAUGUUUUUGAGGAGGAUUAUCUUCCCCUUCCGCAAGAAGAACAAGCUUCAAGCAGUAGUAGUAGUACUGGGGCAUCAUCAUCUCAACUACAACCUUCAUUAGAUGAUUGUUUGAAGCUACUCAGAGGAGAAAGGGAUGAACAGAGGUUAGCGGGUCUACUUCUUGUUACCAAAUUUUGCAGUAAAGAUGACCAUACAGCCAUUCGCAAGGUUUACGAUGCCCUAGGACCUCAAUUCCUACACCGACUGCUUCGAACUGGAAUAGGGAAAGGAAGUGAUGUCGGGAGCGAUAAUCGUGAUGCCUACUUGCAAUUGUCAAUCACAGUUCUUGCAGCAUUUUGUAGAGUUCCCCAGAUUGCAGCUUCUGAAGAAAUGAUUAAUAAGAUUCCUCUCAUUCUAGAGACAAUAUCCAAAGAAGCAGGAUCACCUAUCAUUGAAGACUGCUAUGAAUAUUUGUUUUUGGUCUCAACGGCGAGUGAAGAAGGGGUUCAAACCUUGUACAAAUCUGGUGGCUUGAACGUGCUAGCUUCGCAAAUGAUGAUUCUACCCGAUGGUUCUCAUAUGAUUGAACUUGCUCUGAGACUUGUGCAAAUCAUUGUCAUUAAGCUACCCUCAGAAUAUGUUUAUUCUGAGCAUCCAACUGACCUGUCAAUGGUGGUGUGUGCAGUGGCAAAGCAGUUUGCUGUACUACAGAAUGCACUGAAAUUUGAAGCGCUUCACCUCCUAUCAACUAUCCUGUCCAACAGAUAUUCUGCACCUGUAUAUGAUGCUCUUCGCUUAAUGGAAAAUGACGUUUGGUCAACAAAUUUGCGGAUUGGUAUUGUGGCUAUCUUGCAAAAUCGAGUUGCACCUUCACAUAAACUUCAUGCUCUUGUUCUGGCUGAGUGUGUCAUAUCAAUUGUUGGUGAACGGUGGCUUAUUGGGGAGAUGAACUUAACUGGUUCUCAGGUUUCCCUGCCUGCUGACAGGUGCAUUCUGCUUAUUUUGGAGUCGUCAAGGAUUGAAAUUGCUGUUCUUCUAAAUGAUCUGGCAUGCUUAAAAUAUGAUGCCUCCAACGCAUCCUCAAAUAGAGAGAACAUUCUUGUGAAGCAGAGGAAUCUUGGUGUAGCCUUCUCUUUGGUUGAAAAAAUAAUUAAACUUAUUUCUAGUUUUGGUGGAGAAGAGUCAACUGCCAAUGCUAUUAUCAGUGAGAACACUUUCACAAAAAUCAUUUCUGGGCUCAAUGAGACAAUUGGUGUUGUUUUGGACUAUAUACGAGAUGCUAAGGAGCAUGGACAGAUGAAAGGGGAUGAUCUUCUAGCAGCAGUGCGAGUAAUCGGAAGCUAUCUUGCAGAAGCACCAGAUGCAUGUAAAGAUAAGGUCAUAGAACUCCUAGGUUAUAUGCUCUCAAUUGAAGGGGAAGAUGAAUUGAGUCCUUUUUAUUCCAUCUGUUUUUUGCUUCCCAUGCUGUGUCAAAUAACUCUCAAGACUGGAGGAUGUAAAAUUUUAGCUUCCUCAGGUGCAUUUAGAGAAGUUGUUGGUUACCUCAUUGCUUUGAUUGACCAAAACAAUUUUACAUCUGAGGAUAAUGGUUCUAUAUUCUUGGCUUGCGAUACAAUUUUGAAUCUUCUUCUAAAGCAGGAACAAAUUGAAUUUCCCUCAGAUGAUCCCAGUUUUAUCAGACUUUUAGUAGCAUUGUCACGUUGGGCGGAGGGUAUGGAUGAUGCAUCUAUUAUCAUGAUGGCAUCAAGCAUCUGUUCGCUUAUACUCGAUUUGACAUCAGAGGAAGCUCUUCUAAAUCAUCCAGACUUCACUAGUGGCGAUAUUGGUAAUCUGUCAAAGCUCAUUAGACGAAGCUUUGUGAUGUGUGGUCAGGACUUGAUAUCCGAUGAUGCUAAAGCUGAAGUAGAUCUUUUUCAGAUAAUUACCUCAGCAUAUUCAUCAUGGGCUGAUCGGUUUCCUAGCAUUAAACAAGCUGUGGAGAGCUCAGGGCCUUUUGGAUUUCGAUGUGUUUCAUAGGACUCUUGGAAAUUGGGGCACUGAUCAAUUGAGUUAUAGUACACCUUGGAUGAAGGGUAUUGUCUUACUGCAAUCACUCAUGGCAUUUCGUUCCUGC